AUGUCUCGCUCUUCAUCUCCCCCAUCCCCUAUAAGCGACGACGAGAAGCCAAAUGUCUUGCCAACAAUGAGUGAUUCCAACGUCAACACUUCUUCCGGUCGCCUCCACGCCCUGGAGCAACUGGAGAUUCUCCCACAGAUCCUCCAAGAGGGCAUUCUAUUCGCAGGCUCCGGCGCUGCACUUCUGCUCCAAGCAGCGCUGCCCGGAAUCCGCGCAACCCCAGACGAAUCCUCCAAGGAUCUAGCGACCGAGCUCCUCGACACUCUCCAAGAACACAUCAGCCAAAUCUCCAUUUUAGUCUUCGGCACCCCCGCUGAGCGAAAGUCUCUCCUCGCGCUCCUCCAACAACAGGAUGAUCGCUUCCUUCAUAACCCAGCCCAGGCCCGUUGGAUAGCGGCUACUCUUUAUGCCACCGCAACAGACUAUUACCAGCGUGUCUACGGUCGCGUGGACUAUGACACCGCUCAGCGCGGAUAUGACGAGUUCACCAUGAUUUUGAACUGUAUUGGCAUGCCGCAGGGUAUCUGGCCCGAGUCUCGGACUGCAUUCUGGUCUUUCUGGGAUGAUCAGAUCGGUCGCUUGGAGGUCUCUCCAGAUGCGGCGAAGUUUGCCAAGGAGCUGAGAGAGAGCACCGAUAUGCCAAAGUGGGUGCAGCGCAUUAAACCUUUCUUACGCGUUGUUACUAUUGAGAUGUUGCCGCCUAGGAUUCGGGAUGCGUAUGGUUUGCGCUCUACUGCUACUACAAGGGCGCUAUAUCGCACUUGGAUGGGUUUCUCGGUCGCCGUUUACCCUGCCAUGCCUAAUAAAGUACGCUCUUACCCUCUAAAGUAUUAUCAGGAUCGAUUGCGUGAGAAGUUGAACGUGGUUUGA